UGAGCUACGUGGUACCCAGGCAGUCAAGGGACAAGACCAGACCGCUGGGUUGCACUCCAGCCCAAGUCGUCCUUGGGCCGCCGCACUCCGGCUGGAGAGGCGUCCACGUGACAUCAGCGCUGGCGCGAGCGCCGAAACCCGGAACGCGGCACGCGGCAUCCGGGAUCCCACCGGACGCAGUUUCCACUCGUACAGGCUAGCGCCCGGCGGCGGCUGAGCGUCUCCUGUCGCGCAGGGGGCGGCCCGGCCGUAGGGAGAGACGGGUGGGGCCUGCCGUCCCUCCUCCAGAGCCUCCGCUCCGGCUGGACCGUCCCGCUGCAGCAGGCUUCUCUUCAGCAGACGAGCAGAGGGCGCAGCGGCCUCCGGAGGCGCGGAUGCGAGCUCCGCCCGCCGCCCGGUCACAGCCUCCGGGGCCGCACGCUUCUCUCCAGAUGGGCAGCUGUCAAAAAAAGCACAAACAGUGGAAGGAUGGAUACCAUUGCAUAUAUUAAAAGUAUGUGGAAAGGCAAGUAAGAAAGCCAGGAAUCUCAGCAUGAAUUGGUCUAGAUCUAGACCAGAUGGUGGUGGUGAAGAAACCUCAUCUCAAGACCAGAAUCAUCAUGAAAACGAGAGAAGGUGGCAACAAGAGCGUCUCCACAGAGAAGAAGCCUAUUAUCAGUUUAUUAAUGAUCUCAAUGACGAAGAUUACCGGCUAAUGAGAGACCAUAAUCUUUUAGGCACCCCUGGAGAAAUAACAUCAGAAGAAUUACAGCAACGUUUAGAUGGAGUCAAGGAACAGCUAGCAUCUCAGCCUGACUUGAGAAAUGGGACAAACACCAGAGACUCAGGGGUCCCUCGAGAAAGUUCAAAUGAAGAGUCUCUGCUGGAAUGGCUCAACACCUUUCGUCGCACGGGAAACGCAACUCGAAGUGGACAGAAUGGGAACCAGACUUGGAGAGCUGUGAGUCGAACAAACCCACACAGUGGAGAGUUCCAAUUUUGUCUGGAAAUCCACAUAAAUCACGAGAAUAGAGGAUUUGAAAUGGACGGCGAAGAUUAUGUGGGCGUUCCACUUUCAGAUGUUAGCCAAGAUCACACCGCAGAUGGGCCACAGAGAUCAAGUAGCCCUGUGGCCAGGCGAACCAGGAGCCAAGCCGCAGGGGCUCUCAGUGGUAGUAGUGCCAACGUUCCGAGAACUAGGCUUGGAUCGAGGGGGCGGAGUUCAGUAGAAGGAUCUUUGUCAGCAUUGGGAAGAUUAAGAAAUGGAAUUGGGGGGGCAGUUGGCACCCCUAGAACUGGUGCUGCACGCGCUAAUCCAUCAGGUGGUAGUGAACUCAGGCAAAGGGAGGGGCAGCGAUUUGGAGCAGCCCAUGUUUGGGAAAAUGGGGCUAGAACUAAUGUCACAGUGAGGAACACAAACCAAAGAUUAGAGCCAAUAAGAUUACGGUCUACUUUCAAUAGCCGAAGCCGGUCACCAAUUCAGAGGCAAAGUGGCACUGUUUAUCAUAGUUCACAAAGGGAAAGUAGACCUUUUCAGCAAACUAGUAGGCGGUCUGUUAGGAGGAGAGGUAUAACUCGUGUCUUUCUAGAGCCAGGCCGAGAAGGCAGAGGUACCGCAUAUACUCCAUUCUCUAACUCAAGACUUGUGUCAAGAAUCACAGUAGAAGAAGAAGAGUCCAGCAGGUCCUCCACUGCUGCACGACGACACCCAACAAUCACACUGGACCUUCAAGUGAGAAGGAUUCGUCCUGGAGAAAGCAGAGACUGGGACAGUAUUGCAAAUAGAACUCGAUCUAGGGUGGGGCUGGCAGCAAACACAGUCACUAUCGAAAGCAGUAGUGGGGGCUUUCGGCGCACCAUCUCUCGUUUAGAGCGCUCAGGUAUGCGAACCUACGUUAGUACCAUAACUGUUCCUCUUCGUAGGAUUUCUGAGAAUGAGCUCGCUGAACCAUCAUCAGUGGCUCUUCGAUCAGUUUUAAGGCAGAUCAUGACUGGAUUUGGAGAACUGAGUUCUCUAAUGGAGGCCGAAUCGGAGUCAGAGGCGCAGAGAAGUGGUCAGCGUCGGCCAGAGACACACUCAGAAGUGAGUCUCCUCGGUGAGGCCGUCAGCCAGCACAGGGGAGGGUCCCCCCAAGGCAGGUGGACCCGAGAAGACAGCCCUGACACCCCGCCUCGUGCCCCAAACAGAGGUGGCAGGCGGUCGCAAAAUUCAAGUAACUUGGUGGAAACUGGCACCCUACCUAUCCUUCGCCUCGCUCACUUCUUGCUUAACGAAGGGGAGGAUGAUGACCGCAUGCGUGGUUUAACCAAAGAGCAGAUUGACAAUCUUUCCACCCGGAGCUAUGAGCACAGCAGUAUCGAUAGUGAACGAGGGAAAAUCUGUAGCGUUUGCAUCAGUGACUACGUAACUGGAAACAAGCUCAGGCAGUUACCUUGCAUGCAUGAAUUUCACAUCCACUGUAUCGACCGGUGGCUCUCAGAGAAUUGCACGUGUCCUAUCUGUCGGCAGCCUGUCUUAGGGUCCAGUACAGCAAACAACGGGUGACAUGCUGGAUCCAGUCAAAUGUUGCAUCUUAGUAGAGCUGAGUAUUCAGGCAUUCUUUUGUUGAAUUAUUUGUGAUGAGCUAACCAGGAUGAAAAAUAACAGAUGAUUAUAGUUUGAACUAUUUUUUGUGUGCUUUUUUAACUUGUUAAAAGGAGAAAAUUUAUAGAAAAUUUAAAAUGCAAAUGUUAAAUUAUCCUAAAGUACAGAAUAGUUAAUAUUGCUAGAACCAAAUAACUUUUAAAAUGUUUUUAUUUUGGUAAUUUUGUCAUGCUAAGCACUUUUGUAUCUGCACAACUCAGUAGGUUACAAAUCAAUAUUCUUUUUCUGAGAAGUCCAGCAGAUUUUGCUUGGACCUUCAGGCUUCGUACCAUGUCCAGACAUUGGUGUCUAAAUAAGCCUUUCUUUAACUUUUUAUUCUAAGGACAGUAUCUUUUCAUGAAAGAAUAUUUGGCUGAAUGUUUGCUAAAUGCAUUAAAGUUACUUGAAAUAUUAAAUUUAAUAUGCAGCAUAUCACGUGUGUAUAUAUAGGUAUAUAAUUUUAAGGUUAACGUAUUCAGUCUAAAAACUACCAGUUUGGUUCUUAUUUUAAACUGUUGGGCUAUUACUGCAUAUGGCACAAUGUUUAAUACUUACAGGAUCAUCUCUGGGAGGAAGUAGAUUAAGAUAUUUAAAAAUAGACAUAAUUUAUGAAGCGUCUCUGACAAUCUGACUUAUUAGACAGCAAGCAAUAUAUAACACUGAACAAGUAUUUCUUUUUUCAGAAAUGGAACGUGGACAUUUUAGAACAUACAGGUUAUUUAACUUGAGUUCUACCUUUUUGUGACCUUUUUGAAAGUGCAAACAAUUUUUUGGAUUACAUUAAGUAAGAUAUACAAUAUGCAUGGUUUUCAAAUUUAGUUUAAAAUCUAAAAACAAGGGUCUAUAAAGAAUCAAAUGCAUAGAUAAUAUGUUAAGUUCAAUUGGAGACCAAAAAACUCCAAAUGAAACAAUAACAACAACAGCAAAAAAAGUUAAGACAAUGUAGACUUUAAAACACAAAGUAUGCAUUGAAGAUCUGUUUCUACCAAUAAAUAUUAAAAUGUGUCAACUGUU